GUCGUGUUGAUUUCAGAAGUCAUCAUGGCGCUCACUUCCCCAGUCAAAGAGCACCCAUAUAGUCAUCUAAUCGACACACUGAAAGAUGGCAGGAUCAAGUUCUUCAACCUACAGAAAUUAAAUGAUCCAAGAUAUGACAAGCUGCCUCUGUCCAUCCGCGUCUUACUGGAGGCAACAGUUCGUAACUGUGAUGGCUUUUACACGAAAGAAGAAGACGUCCAGAACCUCUUGGACUGGCAGCAGCAGCAGAGUAAAGCCGAGGUGCCGUUCUCUCCAGCGCGAGUCCUUCUCCAGGACUUCACUGGUAUUCCUGCCAUGGUGGACCUGGCAGCCAUGAGGGAUGCUGUUGCCAAACAUGGCGUGGACCCCAGCCUGGUCAACCCUAAAUGCCCCACAGACCUCAUUGUAGACCACUCAUUACAGAUUGAUUAUAGCAAAUGUGCCAUACAGAAUGCUCCAAACCCCGGUGGAGGGGACGGUCCAAACCAGAGCCAGGGUCCUUCUCGUUCCACGCCCUCCAGGCUUCCGUCCAGAGGGGGCUCACACUGUGGAGGCCAUCGGGGCACGUGUAGUAAAGCUGCUUGCAACGCCCCUCCGGCCUCCCCGGGUCGACCUCCAGCCUCUGUCCAGCAGAUCGAGAACACGCCUCUCCUCUGCCCUUUCCACCUGAAGCCUGUGUCUGAAACUGAAACAACUUUGAAAAACCAGGAAAUGGAACUAAUCAGAAACAAAGAGCGGCUUCAGUUCUUCAAGUGGUGUUCUAAAGCUUUCAAAAAUGUGAACGUGGUUCCUCCGGAUGUUGGUGCAGUCCACCAGGUGAAUCUGGAGUAUCUGUCCAGAGUGGUCCAGGUCAGGGAUGGUUUCAUCUACCCUGACAGCGUGGUGGGAACCGACUCCCACACCACGAUGAUCAACGGCCUGGGCAUUCUGGGCUGGGGUGUUGGGGGAAUCGAGUCAGAAGCGGUGAUGCUGGGCCAGCCAGUGUCUCUGACUCUUCCUCAGGUGGUGGGCUGUAAACUGGUGGGCUCCAUCAACCCCCUAACCACCUCCAUAGACGUCGUCCUCGGCAUCACAAAGCACUUGCGGCAGGCUGGGAUCGCUGGAAAGUUUGUAGAGUUUUUUGGACCUGGCGUCUCCCAGCUCUCCGCCCCUGACCGAACCACCAUCGCCAACAUGUGCCCAGAGUACAACGCCACUGUUAGCUUCUUCCCUGUCGACCAAGUCACACUCAAGCACUUUAAAAAGACAAACUUUACCCAGGAGAAACUUGAAUUGCUGGAAUCUUACAUGAAGGCUGUAAAACUUUUCCGAUGCUUUGAAGACCCAUCAGAAGACCCCCAGUAUUCUGAGGUGAUUGAAAUCAACCUGAGCUCCAUGGUGCCCUAUGUGAGCGGACCAAAGAGACCUCAGGACCGAGUGGCAGUCUGCAGCAUGAAAGAAGACUUCCAGAGUUGUCUCGAUGAGAAGGUGGGUUUUAAAGGCUUCCAUAUCUCCAAGGAGAAGCAGGACACCCGCAUCCCUUUCCUGCAUGGUGGUCAGGAGUACCAGCUGGCCCACGGCUCUGUGGUCAUCGCUGCCGUUAUCAGCUGCACCAACAACUGCAACCCUUCUGUCAUGCUGACUGCAGGUCUACUGGCCAAAAAGGCCGUGGAGGCGGGGCUUAUCGUCAAGCCUUACAUCCGGACCAGCCUGGCUCCUGGAAGUGGCAUGGUCACUCACUACCUCAGUACCAGUGGAGUCCUGCCUUACUUUAACCAGCUAGGGUUUGAGGUGAUAGGUUAUGGUUGUGCCACCUGCGUAGGAAACACAGCACCGUUACCCGAAGCUGUCGUGGAUGCAAUCAAACAGGGGGACCUGGUGGCCUGCGGUGUGUUAUCUGGCAACAGGCACUUUGAGGGCCGCCUGUGUGACUGCGUGCGUGCCAACUACCUGGCUUCCCCUCCCCUGGUGGUGGCUUAUGCUAUCGCGGGCACUGUGGGAAUUGACUUUGAGAAAGAGCCUUUAGGUGUGACGUCGGAGGGGAAGGAUGUGUAUCUGCGUGAUAUCUGGCCGUCCAGGGAGGAGGUCCAGCAGACAGAGGAGGACACGGUCAUCUCCUCCAUUUUUAAGGAUCUCAGGGGAAGGAUGGAGAAAGGGAACACUUUUUGGAACAACGUUGACUGUCCAGACUCUGUACUUUUCCCCUGGGAUCACAAGUCCACAUAUAUACGAUCACCGUGUUUUUUCAGCAAGUUGAGUAAAGAGGUUCCUCCUCCUCAGUCGAUAGAGAGCGCUCAUGCCUUACUGUUCCUCGGGGACAAAGUGACCACGGACCACAUCUCACCAGCAGGCAGCAUUGCCAGGGUCAGCGCUGCAGCCAAGUACCUGCUGAGCAAACGCCUGACGCCGCGGGAGUUUAACUCUUACGGCGCUCGCAGAGGGAAUGACGCAGUGAUGACCAGAGGCACAUUCGCCAGCAUCAAGCUCCAAAAUCGAUUCAUCGGCAAAUCAGGCCCCAAGACUUUGCACAUUCCUUCAGGCCAGACACUGGAUGUCUUCGAGGCAGCUGACCGUUAUCAGAGAGACGGCAUUCCUCUCAUCAUCCUGGCAGGCAAAGACUACGGCUCUGGAAACUCCAGGGACUGGGUAGCCAAAGGACCAUACCUGCUGGGGGUACGUGCAGUCAUCGCUGAGAGCUUUGAGAAGUUGCACAAGAACCAGCUGGUGGGAAUGGGCAUCAUGCCGCUCGAGUUCCUGCCCGGCCAGAACGCUGACUCGCUGGAGCUCAGCGGGAAGGAGAGGUUUACCAUCACCCUUCCAGAGAGCCUGAGUCCGAGGCAGCAGCUCACUGUCAAGACCAGCCAAGGAAAGUCCUUCGUCGUCACCGCACUGUUUGACACCGAGAUGGACGUUAUCUUUUUCCAGCACGGAGGACUUCUUAGAUAUGUUGGUCGGACAUUACUCUGAAAGCGCCCGCAGCCUGGCCCAAAGCCUACUGAGCGUGCACCAGGCUCAUGAACUGCAGCCCUCAUCAUUUCACCGGUUUGUCUUCAGCAUGGAUGAAAAACGGCACGUUGGAGUGACAUUAAGACAUAAUGGUGGUUUGUCUGUUUAAGCUUGGACGAACGUCUCCAAACUUAUUGGAGUCAUGAGACGACAGUUUUAGCUGCUUCUCCAUCACUACGCGUGGCUGUUUCUUGCUUUUGCAAUGGCCUCGUUUCUCCUCACACGACCGCCAAAACAAGCGCAGGAGGAAGUGCUGACACGCGCUCCAAUAAAGAGAUUGUACCCUAGUCGACCUUGGAACACCAGUUCUUAUCUUGAUGAAUCCUGUCUGCUUUUGUUGUCGUUAAAUUAAAAAAAGAAACAAUCCUGCCUGGAAAGGCUAAGAUGGUGCUAGGUACUAUGGCAUGAAUACAUUGUUUUUUAGGGUGCAGCACAGCCUGUUUUCCCAUCGUCCAAGUAAAAUGAAGUUACAGAAUUGAUGUCAGUUACCCGUAUUUCUAAUUGGGGCCAAACGAUCCUAUGUAAAUUAUAGUUCUGUUAAUAUUUCUUUAAUCAAACUUUUUUGCAAAUAGUACAUUUGCCUCCUAAUACUCAAUUUUUAUUAUGUGGGAAAAAUGUGAAAUUCUUCUUUUUGCUGUUACUUGUGUCACUAAGCUCCCCGCUUUACCAUGGCUCCUACAACUGACAGUCUUCUGCAUUACAUUAAAGGUAAAUUUCAAAAGCUUUUCUGCAUAAAGAAUCCAUUAAUACCAAUGUAGGCAGCAGCAGAGUAUCUAUUGGAAAUACAAUUAGUAUUUGUACCCAAUGUAUCAUCAAAGUACAAACAGUUUUUAUGUUGUUAACUGGUGCUGAAGUGAAAGGCAGUUGUUGUGGUGUUGAUGGCUCUAUUUACACUUGUCAUUUUGAUUUAAUGGUUUGUAGGUAUGAUUGAAAACAGCUGAUUGUGUGAGAUCACGCUGCUGAAAUCACCUUAAUGGCUUUUAUUUAUGUAUCAUCUCCAGUGACGCUGAUGAGUCCAGUUCAGUCUCUUUCUGCAGCCUGAGCCCGACGACCUCCAGCCGUGUUCAGCAUCAUUAGCAUAAUUAUUUAUUUAAAGGGGAACUCCACCGAUUUUAGUUUGUUUACAGGUCUUAGAGAAUACCACAGCAUAUGUGAAAAAAGUUAUAUAAAACUUUAUAAAAUGUGAUGUCACUUGAGGCAGCAUCUGUCUGAAAACUACAGGACUGAAAAGUAAAAAAUCUGUUGGUGUGGAGUUAGAGACACGUGAGAUUACCAGACCUCCGAAGCCCACUCCUCAUCUCUGCUUGACGCUAGCAGCUCAGGCCAACAUUAGCUGCUUCUAGCAUAACACACCCAAAUCUCAAAUUUGCGUUGAGUUUUUGGUGGUUGUGUUGCAUUGUGGGUAAUGAAGGCACUAGGUUUUGACAAGGAAGAAGAAUGCACUGAAUAAAAAAAAAGACUGACAACUUUGGUUCUGCUGAAUUGAUUUUGAUCCUUUUAUUUAUAUAUUUUUAAACAACAUGAGUCUGACAAGUUUAUAGAGGAGCAAUGCUAAAUUGGUGGAGUGCUCUUUUAAAGCAAACCCAGUAACAGAAAUACUUACAGUAUAGAUGCUAAAAUAUGAUGUAACAGUAGCACAAGUAGAUAAGAGUAAGCCAUGUUCAUUAACGACAAUGUUUACCUAGAGUUAGCUGACAUUAGAGACUGGUCACACAAGACCAAGGAAAGUUUUAGUGGCAAAACUUCUACAUGUGUUGAACUGAGGGAGUUUUGUUAUUAAUGAAUUUGACUUUUCAUCUGUAAGAAUUUCUUUUUCUAUUUUUAUUUCUUCUUUUAAAGGAAUAGUUUCACCUUUAGGGAAAUUAAAGGUAGAAAAAUCUGCCAGUUAACAUCUAAAGCUCAAUAAUUAACAUGUCAUAUUUAAUUAGUGAGCUUUAGAGGUGCUGGUAGAUGGUUUUUAAGUUUGGACAGACCCUGGCUGUUUCCCUGCGUUUCCAGUCUUUGUGCUGAGCCAAGCUAAGAUAAGCUAAAGUAAACCAACAUCUCCUGGCUGUACAGGAUGUAAGAGUGGUAUCAGUCUUCUCCUUUAACAACUGGACCUACGUUUUGACACCCGGUGCUGUCACUUAGCAUGAUGUGAAGGUUAAAGCUGUGUCAAGGUGACAAGUGUAAAUACAGCGCUUCAUCUCUGUGGUGCUUUUCACGCCGUUGUUGUGUGUGUCCAUGGAUGGGAUCGGUUCACUUUCACCUCUUUGAUUAAAUACUGCAAAAGCUCCCUGCAUGAGGAGAUUAUCAAUCCAUCCUAGUGACUGAUAAUCAAUGCUUGAUCAUUUUCCUGAAUUGUAGUUUGAACUGACUUGACUGAAUUUUAAGUGACUAGACGGCAGCCCAGCCUGAAGUACAGGCAUCCUUUAGUUUAUAAUCCAUCACAAAUGACAUGUGUUGAGAUUCAGCCUGAAAUCAGUCUUCUUCUUUUAGUGUCAGCUCUGUAUGAUUUAAUAUUUGUGCAUGAAACCAUUUUGACUCACUGUUUCGGUCGAUAAUGGCACUUUUUCUGAAACCAUCCAUCCAGUGCAACAUGUCACAUUAUCUAGAAUGUGGAUUGGAGCCUUUAUGCAUUUGAAUAUGUUUUAGAAAGCAUGAUAGUGUGCUGUCUGUGUGAAGUUAUUUAUUGAUACCUACACUAUUUCUGUAACAUGCUGAACCAUUAACUGUCUGAAACUGUUGCAAAACUGUCAUUUAAGAAUGAACAAAGACGAGUGCUUUGCUUUGUGUAACUGCCAAAAUGAGCUGAAGCAGGUAGCAGACUGUCUUGUGAUGAUGAUGAUGUCUGUAUUGUUUCGGUGCCUCACGAGUGAAGAUGAUAGUUUCUACACUGCUUCAUAAAACAGAUCAUGUAGGUUUUUCUUUUUAGUUCCUCGCUAAAGCCAGUCCAUCUUCACAGUUUGCCUUCGUAGUGUGAGCAGGUUGGUUUAGUGUGUCAGAAACGUGUGGUAACAGGAACGGGACAACAUUGUGGACUGGGAGCGUGCAGCGGCACAGUGUGAACGCUUUACCUGUAGUGUCAUCAUGUGUAGCAGUUAACUGGUCCACUGCUGUUGUUGCUUCUCACUAUCCCAGUGUAGGGAAGCAAAGUAUGCAAACCAAGUGUCUCGCUGCGCAUGAGAAAAGGUGUCGCAUAAUCAUAUUGUAAAUAGUUUUUAAUAAAUGUCAAAGCAAAGCUGGUGCUGUAGCUGUGUGUGAGGCAGCGGAAGUGCUCGAUUAAAGGGCGACUUCACUGACGUUCCACAUCAAGGUUUAUCAAUGGCUACUCAACCUGUGAAAACAUGUGUGUCUUCUGGUGGAGCUUCAUCAAGUCAAGACAAUAACCCCGUUGAUGUCAUCAGGGGUUGGCAGCAAGGACUCUGAAAGAUGUGGGUGUUUAAUAAUGUGCUGUGUGAUGCAACUGAGAUUGACUGACAAAAUGUAGGAUCCUUUGUUUCUAACUCGUAGUAAUUGAAACCAGCAACUAAAAGCCAGUAUAUCUCUGCUUCUAAACUUUUCAGUUAGUUCAUUAAGAUGAGUGAGCUGAUUUAAAGUGUCUUGUAAUGACAGCCCCACAGAUUCUUCAAGCCAAUAUCCACUUCGUUUACAUAAAUACACAUUAAGCAAAAAGAAAUGUUUGAUAUGGAUCUCUUGGAUUUUGGUAAAAUUCAACCAAGAUAUGUACUGAGGACUCUUUACAGUUGGAAAAUAAACUGGUCAGUGCCCCCUGGUGGACGAUGUA